UAUCAAUCACGACGGUGAUCACGGAAAUUUUUAUCUGCUCUAAAGAGAUUAAACCGAUUAGGAAUUAGUCGAAUCAAUAGUGAAGUAGUUGUAACUUUUUGUGCAUUUCGCUAAUAAAGCGUCAAUCGGUUUGAGCAUUAGUUCGCAAGGAGUGCAUUUCAAAAUGUUCGGUAACGAGCAUUUGGAAGAUCCCCGAGUAGCGAAAGAAGAACCAGACGUGCAAACAAAUUUAUCGAAGGACAAAUCACCUUUUGUGUCGAUUUUCACCAUUGAAAGCAUACUAGGACUGAAUUCGCAACUGUCUAAAAGUUCGAUCAACGAUAAAAUGCUAUCAUCGCUGGAUACUAGACAAAUGCCGCAGGUGUUGGCCCCAGAUGGCAUAAAAAAUAGUCCAACGAACUAUUUUCACUAUUCUGGAAUAAAUCCCCUCCACCAACCUGCCUCCCCAGAUAUACCCCUUCUAUCAACCAAUUUACUAGGAAUCACAUAUCCUUCGUCGUGCCACAGCUACAUGCAGCAUGAUUUAUUUGCCGCACAGCUUCAUUCGCCGGUCGGGCUGGUGUCCUGUGAUGGCAGCUUUCGGCCGCGAUACCCCUUUCUCAACGCCGACACCCACAUCAAGCGGAAAAGAAGACAUCGCACCAUUUUCACCGAGGAGCAACUAGAGCAGCUCGAGGCAACCUUCGAUAAGACACACUAUCCAGAUGUGCUUCUGCGAGAAAAACUGGCCGUGAAAGUGGAUCUGAAGGAAGAACGAGUCGAGGUAUGGUUCAAGAACCGGCGGGCCAAGUGGCGAAAGCAAAAGCGUGAGGAACAGGAGCAGUACUCCAAUUUCGACAUCAACAACAAAAUUCGCAAGUUCAUCAACAUUCCUGUAAACACGCAGGAAAAACUUCGCCAAUUGCAAUCCGAAAUGCUAUCGUCGAAGGAUAAGAUGGUUAGCAAGUUUGAAGACAUGAGCACCAGUGACGAUGCCUCCGAUGUGGAAGUCGUAUGAUGAGGCAAUGAUGGCAGUUCAAGAACGAAGACGAUGAUGACGGCUGCUUAUAGUGCCCACGUGGAGGAAGGGGUUGCUUAUGAUUUUCCAAUAUCAUGCGGUCGAACAUAUUGUACAUAACUUUCGCAUAGUUUAAAUUAUUCUCUCGUCUGUGUUAUUGUGUGAUAUAAAACACGGCUUCCGUACUUUAGAAGCUGAAUCAAUCUUAAAUACACUCGUCUUGAUAAAUAAUGAUUGAAGAGUGUAGUAUUUCAUAAUUCACAAUUCGUGCUAAAAGAGUUUAAACGAAUUGUCGGAGUUUUUGAGGUGUGUUGGCUUUGUAACAUUCCAUCAAUAUAAGCACAAGAAAUAUAUGAAGUAGCUUUAUAAAUUUGUAUAAAUAAAAUGCAUUAUCAUCCUAACUAAGAACUAACAUCCAGACGAACAACGUCUUUUUCAUACAUUCCUGAUUUUAUCUCUUCGAUUAGGAGAAUAUAGCGUACCAAGCAACUUGGGCAGUGGCUGGUAUUUUGGGCAGUUUUUCGCUAUAACUCAGCUAACCAAUUGACUUGAAAUUUUGUUCACGGCUAAAUAGAAUCUUGUGCCAUUUGGGCAAGUGUACCUAUUUUGGGCACUUGCAACUAUAACUAAGUCAAUGUUAUGCCUAAUAACUUAAUUUUUGGCACACGGUGAGAUAUGUACAAUAUCAAACCCGACAAUAUAGAGUGUUUUUGUAUGCUCAACAACAUGCCAGAACAUCCGAAACAUGUAAAAAAAAUCUUGGUUAAAAGUUAUAAUAAAAAUGAUUUUCUACAAUUCUUCAUGCAGCGCAACAUACACGUGGUCUGUACUACUACCCGAAUUUGAAUUUUGAACGGACACGUUUAACGUUUCCAGUGAGCAAUUUGCUCGUUGAAGAAUAUAUGUAUGACAUCAGACACGGAGUAGCAUGCAACGCCCAUAAUAAACGCUUCGCUGUGGUCUAGUCAACAUGGAUAGACUCCGAAAACUUUUUUCCCGGCUAUCGCUGUAGGGGAGAUCGGGGCAUUAUGAACACCUCUGUUUUUGUUGAAACCGUUGACUUUUAUGUUAAACUUUCAAUGCAUAAGUGUAAAGUAAAGGUUGAUUGUUCUAUUUUUUAAUUGUGUCAAAAUAACCAAAAUAUCUUCAAAAUUAAAAAUCAUUUUUCAUUUGAUGGAACAGUUACAAUUUUGAAGCAGAGGCAAAUAAGGUGUGUGCUGGAUGAGUACGACUGGAUGUCGGAAUGCUGCCUUUAUCAGUCUAGGGUAAAUCAAAUCGGCAAGUUUGGCUUUUCCCGACGUUUCGGCUUUUUAUUAAGCUUUUUUCAAGGGGUAAGCUGUCAAUCGUUCCUCGUUACAUAAAGUAUUGCCAGAUUUUUGGGAGCGAGCUUCUUGUAUACAAUUUUGUACAUUAGUUCUACAAUUUUAGGACACUGGGACACUAUGGUAAUUAUCAACGACAUGACAUCCUAUGUAGGUGACUGAGGUUUGCACAGACAACAGACGUAACACCUAGCGUAACACUCACCAAAAUUAUUUGGCACAUGUAUUUAAUGAACAAUAUAAUUCUUCAUUUGAUUUCCGCGAUCCUUCCACCAGAGGUGCUAGUUUUCGAUCGCUUUGAUCUUUGUCAGUGAUGCAAACGAGCAUUACAGGCGAUUUGUAUAGAAGUGUACGUGUUAAACAAACGUCAAAUCGCAGUUCACCAUGACCGACAGUGUAUCGCGCGGUUCUAUCAAUAGGUGGCAGUGCGUUCAUGAAAAAGACGUCGGGCAAAAGUUUUGAUGAAUUUGCUCUAAGAGUUACGUCUGUUUGUCUGUGCUUUAAUUAACAUCUAUAUGGUUUCGCAUUAUGCGUUUUACCCUGUGUUUGCUACUUUCAGUAAAAAUGAAAUGGCAAUGUCGAGAAUCAUGCCUCGAGCGACAAUUAACUUCCUCUGAUGAUGGGAUCUCCAGUUAGCCUGGUGGUUAAGGCUAUGGAUCGCCAAUCCGGAGACGACUGAUUCGAUUCCCGUUCCAGUCCGGAAAAUGUUCUCGUCUCCCUGGGCAUAGAGUAUCAUUGUCCUUGCCUCACAAUAUACAAAUUCAUGCAAUGGCAGGCAAAGUAGGCCCUUCAGUUAAUAACUGUGGAAAUGCUCAAAAGAACACCAAGUUGAAGAGAGGCAGGUCAAGUCCCAGUGGGGACGUAGAGCCAUAAAGAAGAAGAAGAAGAUGGUUCUCUGGAAUGCUUAUUCGAUACACACUUCCCAAGAUGUGUGGACAUUACAUCUUCGGAUGAACCUGAUAAAUAUCAAUUGAACUUGCACUAAAUCGCUUUGCUCCUUUGUAAUCUCCAAAAUGUGAAUACUUUAAACAUGUUUUGAUAAAACUGCUUGUUUGCAGCCUUGCUAUUCCCAAAUCUUGGCGGGAUAAUACUGUCAAGUUUAUUCCGGGAGUGGGUAAUGCAUCGUGUGAAUAUCAGACCUAUCAGUUUGACAUCUUUUUUAAUGAUUAGAACGCUUUGUCGAGCAUCACACCCGUCCAGUGAAUCAAAAUUCAACCAUCGCGCAACAAUAACGACAAUGUCGCAACCUGAAUUUGUUGCGACAUUCUACCCAAUGCGACAUAGGUUUGUCCCAACUUGAACAAACUAGGACAAAGAUCGUGCACCACGAGUUUAGAGAUUUUUAAGGUUUGCAUUGUGAUUUUCGAGCGGUAACGUCGAGACAGUAAACACUGCAACACUGCUGCUGGAGAUGUAUCAUCAAAAAAGUUCGAUCUUGGGUUAGUAAUAAUUGAUUAUUCACGAGUUGAAAAGUGCGCAACAAAUUCCACCUCCGUUUUGUCUGCAACAAAAUUUUUCGGGAUCAUGUCAUUAUCUGUUACCAGUUGGGAUAAAGAGUAAUCGCCGCGUCUUCUUUGUUGCUUGUUUUGUGCCUCUUUUGUCUGUCAAUUAUCUUCACUGCACCCGUCAUUAUGUCACAUCUCGACAUUUUUUUUAUUCGUCAAUCACUUAACCUAAUUUACAGCUCUAUUGUCCACUAGGGCACUGCGUGAGCGAUUCCAAUUUGAAGCUGUACAUACACUUUGUACAGCGCCUAAAUGUAUACUAUUUUAAUUGUACUAUAUCGAACUGGUUGCCGUUGCGCUGCUUUUCACUCUCUACCUUAUCAUGGUAGAAUGAUGAGAACGAGGAUGUUGAUGUGUGGCGGUUGGUUGUUCCUGUUUCCAGUCCGAUUGGGGGUCCAUUAUGGGUUGCCGUUCGCCGAUGUCCAAGUAUCCGGGUUCAUUUGAGCCAUGGGCUCACAAGAGGGACAGUGUCAGCUGCUCCCAGGGGGAAAGAGCAACUGACGAAAGUGCCGGGGCUGGGAUCGAACCGAUGACCAUCUGCUAAUGAAGCAAACGUGUAGCCACUACGCCACGGGUCCCGGCUUUCUCGGUAUUAUGUCAAGCAGC